AUGCACGCGCCACGGUUACCCUUCCCUCACGCCGCGAUUCACAAGAACCGCGCGCAGUUUGUGCGUAGGACGCUCACGCCGAUUCUCUGGGCUUCCUUCACGCCUCUUCACCGCCCUCCCAUCACCCCUCCGGUGUUGGCUGUCCGUCGGUUUAACGCGGGUGUUCUCUUCCCAUCACGUGCCUUCACCCUUCCCCUCUCACGACCGUGCUCUUCCACUCACGCAUCCAACCCCAUCCCGUCCCCCCUGCCAUUACCCUCUCUCGCGCUCCCAUUUCCUUCCCCGACUCCCACCCGCCCCUUCCCCCUCUCCCCCGCGUCCAGUGCCCCACUGCCCCCCUUCCAUUUCCCCACUCCGCCACGCCCAUGCCCCCACUUCCCCUGUUCUUUCACCGUCUCCCCUCCGUCCUUUUCCCCACUCCCACCCGUCCAUUCCCCCAUCCCCCCCCCGUCCAAUACCCCACUCUCCCUCGCCCUUUUCCAACACAGUAAUCCUCCCUUUCCCCAACGCCAACCCUCCCCUUCCCCAACGCACCUCCCUUUCCCGCACCACCACCCGCCCUUUCCCCUACUAACACCCUCCCUUUUCCCCACUCCUACCCCCCCUUUCCCCCACUCCUACCCUCUUUCCCCCACUCCACCUCGGCCACACCGCCUUUUUGACCGUGCAUGCCCUCCGCUCCCAACACGCCUCUUCGUGGGAACCAUGUCAUCCUCUCUUCCCCCUACUACCCCAGUCAUUCUCUCUUCUCGCUGCUUCCCCUGUCAUCCUCCCUUCCCCCUGCUACCCCAGUCAUCCUCCCUUCCCCCUACCCCAGUCAUCCUCUCUUCCCCCUGCUACCCCAGUCAUCCUCUCUUCCCCCUGCUACCCCAGUCAUCCUCUCUUCCCCCUGCCACCCCAGUCAUCCUCACUUCCCCCUGCUACCCCUGUCAUCCUCCCUUCCACCCUGCUACCCCAGUCAUCCUCCCUUCCCCCUACCCCUGUCAUCCUCCCUUCCCCCUGCUACCCCAGUCAUCCUCUCUUCCCCCUGCUACCCCUGUCAUCCUCCCUUCCACCCUGCUACCCCAGUCAUCCUCCCUUCCCCCUACCCCUGUCAUCCUCCCUUCCCCCUGCUACCCCAGUCAUCCUCUCUUCCCCCUGCUACCCCAGUCAUCCUCUCUUCCCCCUGCUACCCCAGUCAUCCUCUCUUCCCCCUGCUACCCCUGUCAUCCUCCCUUCCACCCUGCUACCCCAGUCAUCCUCCCUUCCCCCUACCCCUGUCAUCCUCCCUUCCCCCUGCUACCCCAGUCAUCCUCUCUUCCCCCUGCUACCCCAGUCAUCCUCUCUUCCCCCUGCUACCCGAGUCAUCCUCCCUUCCCCCUACCCCUGUCAUCCUCCCUUCCCCCUGCUACCCCUGUCAUCCUCCCUUCCCCCUGCUACCCCAGUCAUCCUCCCUUCCCCACCCUCCCUUCCCCACCCCCACUCCCCUCUCCUUCCUCCCUCCGUUCUCCACCAGGAGCGCGAUAA